AUGGUGCGAAUCAAGAGAUCUGACCACGUUUUGAAAACGGCGACGAAAAGUCGCCGUAGGUCAUUACCAGCAACACUUCCGGAGGAGUUUAUAACUGAAUCUGAAUCGGAGAGCGGUGGGCUGGAGGAUCUGGGGGAUUCGUAUGAUACUCUCUCUGAGAGUGAGGACGGCGCUAAAGAAGAGAUUGCUAUAGUGGAGGGCGAUUCGGAUAAGGAGGAUACUUCAAAAAACGACGACGGUGUUCUCAUUUCUACCAACUUAGAGACCACCAAGCACGCUGAUGAAGCCACCCUGGCCCCUGAUGCAGCUACCAAUGCUCCCGAAGACGCCAAUGCUCUCGAACACGCCAAUGUUCCCGAAAAUGCCAAUGCUUCCGCAGACUCAGACGCAGAAACCGCCAAAGCCCCCGCUGUCCAAGCCCCCGAAGGCCCUACACCACAGCAGAUCUUCAACGCCCUGUUCAGCAAAUCCCCCGCCGACCAAAAGAUCGGCGCCCAAUCACUCCCUGGCCUGCGAGGACGAGCAGCGUUUGGCGAAACCUUGCAAGCAAGCAAAAAAAGAAAGUUUGUGGUCGCGGCCUCUAAAAGUGUGUCUAUCAAGCGGCUGUUUCGGCGUCAGGCGAGGAGAGCUACGAAGUCGGCUGCUGCCCUGGCAGCUGCUGAGAACUUGGGGGAGGACUUGCCAGGGAACGACUUGCCAGGGAACGACUUGCUAAGGAACGACUUGCCGUAA